AGAAACUGACAUCUUCCUCACUCCAUAUUUUUCUUCCUUUUCUUUUUUUUCUUAAAAGAGAGAAAAAAAAAUAAAAAUCAAUUCCUAUGCAAAAUUCCCAAAUGCAUAUAUCCUUAAAUCACGUUUCUCCUUUUCGGGAUCUGGGUUAUCUUUAUUUCCUUUAGAUUAAUUAACAAAUUAUUAAGUAUUAAAGUCACAAGUAGAGAAAGAUUUCUUUAAUUUCCAUUUUCACAGUCUACGAUUUCUUUCUUGGAUCCAUUGCUCAGUUGCCUCGUAGUCUGCUUUGCUGCUGUCAGCUUGUCCACCCACAUUUUGCUUUUCUAAGAAGAAGCAGCUUUCUAUGGUUAAUUUGAAUGGAGGUUGGUAACCAGAUAAAAUCAUAGAUAGUGUGACUAAACUGGGUUUCUUAUGAUUCUGGUGCUGAAAUGGUUGAGUUUGAGCAGGAGUGGAAGUUCUGACCGCUUCAAAUUAGGAAAUUUUAUGGCGCACCAAUCACACCACAGACUGAGGAAUGCCGGGGUGGCGGCGAGGUUAAUCUUGAUCUUACUGGGCUGCUUGUUCUUGGUUGCUUAUGUUGUGGGACCCGCAUUAUUUGGAGGCUCUGGACCUCAGAUAAAGUCUGCAGUUGUCGUUUCAUGUCCUAAAUGUUCAUGUCACUGCCUUUCAGAAGAAAUGGAAUUGCCUCCUGAUAUCUUUAAUGGGUCAUACUCAGAUUGUCAUACAGGAGACCCGGAGAUGAAUGAGGAAAUGACAAAGGAUAUCACUACUAUGCUGUCAGAGGAGAUCAGCUUACAGAAAAAUGUGACGCGUGAUAGCUUGGAACACACGCAGGAAUUAAUUUUGGAGUCGAGGAGAUCAACAUUACACUACCAAAACGAAGGAGCAAAAUGCUUGAUAAUGGUGGGCACCUGUGAGGAUGCACGGGAAGUUGCUGAAGCAGCUUUGGCAGAGGAGCGCAAGCUGACUCUGUUAUGGGAGGAGCGUGCUCGUAACUUUGGCUGGACUGAUUCAUGAGAAAUUAUACUGAAAUUUGAUUCAUUGUUGCUUCUUUUUUAUUUUUUUUUUCUUUACUCGGUAUAGAAAUUCUUUUGAUAAGGUGGUACAUAGUGCUUGUCACUUGUCAGGGUACCCUGUAAAUAUAGUCAUGACUUGAUUUACGUUCCUUCUCUAGAACACUAGAGUUACACCUCAUCUGCUAGAACAAAUUCUUGAGUUUUCAGUCAUCUCUUUAUUCUAGGUGACAUCAUAAUGUACUCGUUGAAAUCUAGUACAAUUGUUUGCAAAUAUGUUACACGUCUCCCGUCCUCCAG